CAGUUGUGGAUAAGUAUACGUGCGGUUGAAAUUUAAAUGAAUAGAACGUGAAACCAACUUCAGCCUCACUCUACUACAGUCUGUUAUAUCAUUGCUUUGGCGACCUACUAGUGGUCACCUGAACCAGCUGAAGGCAGAAAUACACGAAAGCGACGGGAGCGCUAAGUUAGCUGUCUAAGCUAAAGUGUCAAAAGUAUUCGGGAAACCUCUCGACACAAUGCUCCUCCGGUUCUUAUUCAACCUCCUCAACAACCACCGUGUUGUUGAGAAGUUGGCAGAGUCUCGUCCGAUUCGCAGGGCGGCACAGAUCACAGCCAACGCCAUCACCAAGGCUCAGAUAGCCGGUAAAGACGCCUCUCAGCGGGUCAUGCAGUCUCAGACGAUGCGACAGGUGAGGCAUGAGGCCGGCCAAGUCCCCGGGGACCUGGGGCAGAUGGGCAGCAUCCUGAAGAAAGUCAGUGACACCUUUGUGAAUGAGGUGAAGCAGGGAUGGAAGGACGGCUCCAGACAGAUCAAGAAGUAAACACGACAGGCUGGAUAUAGGAUGUCAAAGAGACUGUGAAUACACUUUAGUGGGCGGUUAUUGAUAAGCUGAAACCAUGGUGAAUCAACAAUGACUGGAGGAGGACAGAUGGGAAGUCAUGUAUAAACAAUCUGCCUCAUCCAUACACUAUAACCGUGUGGUGGUAAACUGCAACAUAUUAGACACUGAUCCAGUUUACAAUCAGGGAGUGAUUUUGAAUAUCUAAGGCCAGAUAAUAUAUGAUGAACUGUGGUUUAACAGAAUGAAUUCACUGUAUUUGCAUUUCUGAGAAUGCAGGGAUGGAAAGUGUCUAUUUUAUCUUUACAAACAACUGUGGAAAAGUAGGACCCAUUAUAGGUUUGGAAAUAUUGUGGAAAUGCUGACAAUUCAUAGUAAUUUCAUUAGACCCUGUUGAACAGCCUUUUAUCUAGGUCUUGUCAGAUUAAUGUGAAAUACCAAACCAUCAUUACCCGUUACCUUUUCCCGUCACCAAUGUGCACUAUGACAUAUAUCUACUCAAAAUGCUUUUAAAGUAAUGUACAUAAAGUUGUCUUGGUAAAUCAUUUGGUGGGUCAAAAUGUACAUAUAGAGAAAGAUGUGAUGAGGAUAUGUAGACAUUAUUCACCUUGUUGGUCCGAUUUUAAAAAUAAAGAUUAUAAUGUAUGACAGCA